AACUUGAAUAUUUAAAGUAUUUUUUCAGAUAUUUACAAGGCUUGUUUUGUUUACGACUAUUCGCCCCUUAACCUCAUUAAAAUGCAACAGGCAUAUUGAUAUAAGUCUACUACUUAUGAAUAUUCUACUAUAAUUUAAUAAUGAUCAUUCGAGCAUCGCUUUAAACACUUCAAACAGAAGUGAUAUGGCGUACUUCAAGGCGAAACAUCUGGUAGAACUGUUGCUCUUCUGAGGUGCUAAAACUUGCUAUAGAACACUGUAACACACUAAAAACAAAAUAACUUUUAUUGUUUUUCCUGUUCAUAUACUUGUUAUUAUUUGAUUACAAAUUGGCCGAGAAGUUUCGAUAAGAUGCAGUCAAGCAAGCAGAGAAAUACAAAAAAUUCCAACCACGAGAAAUCAUUAGAGGAUCUUGAUAGAGAAGUUUUCAAUGGAGCAAAAGAACAGACAGAAACAGAACAACUUAUAUCCUAUUUGGACGACGAGAAAGAUCGCCGUAGUUCGGAGUCACUUCCAAGUAAUAUCCGCAUAAGAUGGAGCCGUGCAGCUUUCUGGCUGUCCAUCGUUUCCUCUUUCAUCACAUUAAGCUUUAGCCUGGCGUCGUUUCUGGUGUCUAAUGAUACUGCAAGUUCGUCCAUCUUUGCUAACGCGUUUGAUGCCCUUCUUGGUACGGUAAGCUCCUUCGCUGUGGCUUGGAGAUUCAGAGAUGAACUCAACGGAGAAGAAAUCAGCAGUAGUCGAGAGCGAAUUGCUACCUUUGGGAUUGGUAUCAGUUUCAUUGCGACAGGUAUUGCAACAGUUGCUGCCAGCAUUGUACAUUUAACAGAGACUGACCAUCCACGGAAGACCCAGGAAAUGGUGAUCAUAUUGUGGUGUAGUUUGGCUGCAUUUCUUCUACUUUCUUACAUUCAAAGGUGUCUAGCUGGUAAGCUAGACAGCCAGUCUAUGUGGGCAGCUAGUGCAGACAGUGCUUUAGCAGCAGCCAUGUCUCUAGGGAUUGUAAUCUCGACCUAUGUGUACCGUAGCUGGCCGAAGGACAUGUGGUGGCUCGACCACGCAGUUGCUUGCAUUCUUGGAUGUAUAUCAGCAGUUUACGGAACAUAUCUCGUUUCACUUGUUGCUUUAUGCAAUCGAGAAGUCUUCGGGUCUGACAAGCAGUCAAGUGAGGAGAAAAUGUCUUUAAAGUGAUUAUCAGAAUGCUAUAAAGAGUAUAAUUAAAUGUAAAAUAGAGGUUUUAAAUGCCACUUUGAACAUGACUCAAAUCCAAGUAUGAAUAUUAUGAUUUUUGUAAAGCAAUUAGAAGUGAAAAGAACUUGACUUAAAUUAAAUCGUGGCUUAACUAUUGCAGAAUUAUUAAGCGAAAUAUAUGCAAGUUUCUUGUUCCAUUUCUAUCAAAUUAUACUGUUAAAAUGCAACCUACGCAACAUGCUUUUAUGAUCUAUCCAGAGCUUGGUUACAGAACUACGCAGUAAUAACAUUCAAAGUUUAUCUUGAGUAAACAUCUACUUGAAUCUCUUUAAAUGUUUACAAAUAGAGCCUCUU